UCUCCCACCAAAAAAGUAAACACUCUCUCCAAGGAGCUCCAAGCCUCCAAGACAUAGGAAAUUACACUACUUCCCUUCUCUUCCUCACGAGAAACAGCCAAGCAAUUUCCGUUUGAAAAUCACAAGUCUCCCCACCAGUUCGCCAUCGUAGCGCUGAACCUCCAUUUACAGUGGUUUCUUUUUCUUUCUUUUUUGGUGAGGAGCUUUGCUUCGGCUGAAACCAGCUUUCCGGAGAGCCGUUAGUGAUAGUGGCUUGGUAGACGCGCCGCCGUUGUCAGAUCUUUUGGACCGUCACAAUGGCUAUUCUAAGGAUGGUUAUUCAAAACAAGGCAUACGAAUAUACUUAUCAAAAAAAAAAAAAACAAGGCAUAUGAAUAUGAUGCGUUCUUGAGUUUUAGAGGUGAAGAUACUCGCAUGGGAUUCACGAGCACUUUGAAAGGCAUUUUGGAAAUGAGGACGAUUAAGACCUUCAUGGAUGAUAGGAUUCCAAGGGGAGAAGAAAUUUCUGCUGAACUUAUCAAAGCGAUUGGAAGUUCAAUGGUUUCGAUAAUUGUAUUCUCUGAAAACUAUACAUCUUCCACCUGGUGCUUGGAUGAACUUGUCAAGAUUAUUGAGUGUAAGGAAAAUGGCCAAAUGGUUAAAGUGAUACCAAUUUUUUAUAAGGUAGAUCCAGCAGAAGUACGCCAUCAAAAGGGAAAAUUUGGAAAACAUUUAAAAGAACAUGAAAAAAAAAUUGAGGAUAAUAUGAAGAAGGUGCAAAAAUGGAGGAAGGCUCUAACUAGGGCGAGCAACUUUACUGGUCAUCACUACAAGGGCAACUACGGCCCCUCUGAAUUCAAAAUUAUCCAAGAUAUCUCUGAAGAGAUCUUAAGUGUUAAAUUAGAUUGCACGAAAAUUUCUGCUACAAAAUAUCUAGUUGGAAUAAAUUCUCGCAUAAGUGACGUCAUAUAUCGGUGUUUAGAUCUUCAGUCAAAUUUUUCCUGUACCUUAGGGAUCUAUGGCCUUCCUGGAGUGGGUAAGACAACAAUUGCAAAAGCUAUAUUUGACACAAUUCGUCAUCGUUUUGAUGGAAGCAGCUUUCUAGAGAAUGUUAGAGAAAAAUCAAAAAGAAAUGAUGUUGUAAUCCAACUGCAAGAGACACUUUGUAAUGAGAUCUUAGGGUAUCGAAAUUUGAUGGUUGGGAGUACAUCUAGAGAAAACAAUAUGACAAUUGAGAGGCUGUAUCAUAAAAGGAUUCUUGUAGUUCUUGAUGAUGUGGAAAAACUAGAAAAGAUAGAAUUUUUUUUUGAAAAUUUUGAUCGGUUUGCUUCUGGAAGUAGAAUUAUUAUAACAACAAGAGAUAAACACUUGCUAGAUACUCUUCAAAAAUAUUGUUGUGUAAGGUACUACAAGGUUAAGGCAUUAAAUGUUCACGAAUCUCGUGAACUCUUUUGUCAACAUGCCUUUGGAAGAAAUAGACCUGAUGAAGAUUCUUUGGAACUUGUCAACCAAUUUAUACAUUAUGCCAAAGGUCUUCCAUUAGCUCUAAAAAUCAUUGGUGCAGAGUUGUAUGGAAAAACUAAUGAUGAAUGGAAAAGUGCAUUAGAAAAAUAUAAAAGAUAUCCUAAUGGAGAUAUACAAGAAAUACUCAAAAUAAGCUAUGAUGGAUUGGAACAACCUCAACAAGAGAUUUUCCUUGAUAUUGCAUGUUUCCUUAAAGGAGAAAAGAAGGAUUUUGUUGUAGAUAUACUAACCAGUAUCUAUUGCAAUGAACCACAUCAUGAUAUUAAAAGACUUAUUGAUAAGUGUCUCAUAGCUGUUAGGAGAGAUGGCAAACUAUGGAUGCAUGACUUGAUUCAGCAAAUGGGACAAAAAUUAGAACAAAGCAGGCUAUUGUGUUACAAGGGUGCUCCUCAAGUAAAUAAGGGAUGGAAUGCAAUUCGAGGUAUAGCGGUGGACUUGCCAGAGGAAAGAAACAUGCAAUUAGAUUUUAAAAAGAUGAAAAAUCUCAUAUAUCUGAAAAUUCGUAAUGGAAUUUCUGAAGACCUUGAAUUUCUUUCCCAUGAGUUAAGGUUGUUUGAGUGGUAUGGAUUUUCAUUAACUUCCUUUCCAUCCAAUUUUUUCCUUCAAAAUCUUGUUGCACUCAGAAUGCAUGGAAGUCACAUUCAAUUGGAUGAGCAUUUCGAGAGGUAUCGGUUCAAAAGUUUGAAAUAUAUGAGUUUCCGGGACUGUAAAAACAUUAGAAUAUUACCUGAUUUAUCAGUGAUCGCCCCAAACAUAAAGGAAUUGGAUAUGUCGAGAUGUGAAAAUUUAGUUGAGGUUCAUCAGUCUGUUGGACUUCUUGAAAAGCUUGAGUUAUGGAACCUCAACGGUUGCAAAAAUCUUAAAAUUAUUCCAAGAAGCCUUCAAUUGAAAUCUCUUAGACGGUUUCGUCUCUUUGGCUGUGAAAGUCUUGAGAACUUCCUUGAAAUUCAGCAAGGAACGGAGAUAUUAGUACUGCCUUCAUCCAUAGGAGAUCUCACUAGCCUUUCAUCAUUACACAUAAGUUCUAAAAACUAUACAGAUCUUCCAAGUAGCUUUUCUAAAUUACAACAUCUUCGGUUUCUUCAUAUGUCUAAUUGGGAAAAUUUUCCAAAGGCUUUGGACACUCCUGGUUGCCUCCCCAAAUUAGCCAAAUUAUAUUUCUGUAACAGCAACGCUACUACCCUCCCUGAAAUUGGAAGCAGAUUUCCUCAAUUAGGUUACCUCAACAUUCAAGGCUGCUGUAAGCUUCAAGAAAUUCCAAGGCUUCCACCAAGUAUCAAAUAUGUAGACGCAAGAAACUGCUAUUCUUUGGAUUCACAAUCAAGAAGAAGAUUAUUAAGUCAGUUUGGAGACAUGGUAGGGCUUCCCCAAAAUCUAGCAUGUGUAAUGGGACCAUCGAAUCAGGACUCUUUAUCUGAAAUGGACUAUGAUACAUCUAAAAUAGGUUCUACAUCUGAAUUUGAAAUGGACGUUGCAUCUGAAUUUGAAACAGACCUUGCAUCUAAAUUUCCACUAGAUUGGAGAGAUUCAUAUGAACUUUUACUUCCAGGAACUAGGAUUCCAGAGUGGUUCAACCAUCAAAGUGUUGGAAGUUCCAUAUCAUUCUCUAUUUAUAAUGGCCUCAAAUCUUCAGCAUUUGCUCUGUGUGUUGCUUUAAAAGUGGAAAUCAAGGUUAAUAAGCCAAAAAGAUUUAAGAAUUUUACUUGUUCUAUGUACGCUUUCGUCAAUGGCUGUAAAGAAAGGCUCAUGUGUCGGAAAAAAAUUUUGGAUCCAUCAUCAUUUAUGUGGUUUUACUUUGACGAGGGUCGAUGUUGGUCAGUAUUUAAAAAAAAAAAAGGAUUUCAUCAUAUUAAACUUCAAUGUAAAAUUUCAAAUUAUGAUUCUAAACUAGUAAAAGUUACAAUAGAAAGGUGUGGAGUCCAUGUAGCAUGUGAAUGUUAUCAGAAUUCCAGGGCCCGCAUAAGCAUUCUGGAAAGACUAGUAGAAGUGUCUUUGGAUGCAUGAUUAUAAAUGUUUUUAUGUAGAGUGGCUGCAGGGGUCCUCCCCUUUAAUAAGCAGAAGCUGGUCGAAAGCUCUAAAACCCAAGAUGCUUAUUGCCCUCUUUGUGAAGUAGCAGAAGAUUCUGUUUUACAUCUAUUUCAAAGCUGUCCCUUUGCCAAAGGACUGUGGUAUGGUGGUCAAUGGGGUUUUAGAGUUGAAAUGAUCCAAGCUCAAUCUGUUAUGGAAUUCAUUGAACGUAUAAUUGAUCCCCCAAGUGAGUUACUAGCAAAAAGAGUCACCAUAGAUGAAUUCAUUUCGUAUGUAGUAGUGGUGAUGAAAGUCCUCUGGGAGGCAUGAGAGGAAGCUAUGGUUUCAAACACUAAAGCCAGCAUAAACCAGCUAGCCCAUCGUCUUAACAAAGAGUACGGCUAUUAUGUGAGAUCAACAAGGGAAGACCUUGUGAUGCGCGAGUGGAAGUGGUUGUGGUUCAGACUUGUACAUAUAUAUCGGAAUAAACCAGCUAGCCCAUCGUCUUAACAAAGAGUACGGCUCUUAUGUGAGAUCAACAAGGCAAGAUCUUGUGAUGCGCAAGUGGAAGCGGUUCGCACUUGGACAUAUAUAUCAGCAUUAACCAGCUUAGCCCAUCGUCUAAACAAAGAGUAUGACUCUUAUGUGAGAUUACUUGAGAUUACAAGGGAACACCAAAAUUAUGAGUGUAGAUAUGCUUAUUGAUGGACCAGAAAUGCAACACCAAUGUUAUCCAACCAACACCAUCCUAGGCAACCGUGAAUGAAUAUCAAGGAACCAUGACAGAUAUGCGUUUGUCUUCAAUAGCCCAGCCUUUGUAAACGAAGAUGCUGAUUUCAAUCCAUCACCGUGGAAGAAAAUGAAGACCUCCUGAUUGUACUUCAAAGAAAUAUGCCAAGGUGCUACAUACUGGAUUACGCUUGAGGGUGGAGCUAUGAUGCAAAACACUCAAGAAGACUUUUAUUUUUAUUUAGUAUUAUUUAUGUUUGCAAGUCAGUUGUAUUUUUAUAUUUUACAUCCUAGCAGUUUAUUAGGCUAUUAGUAUCUUAAUAUUUGAAAGCAAGGUUAUUUUUGUAAUAAGGCAAUUAAGGUUUCUUGUGCCAAUUAGAAUUAGGGUUUAGUUUUACCUGCAAAUUAUUGUAAUAUAGUUGAAAAUUUAGAUGAAUGAAAAAAGUAGCCUUUUCCUUUCUU